GAUGAGAGCAUACAACCAGCUUCUCUCCGUGUCCUAGCGGGACCCUCUCCCUUUCUCACCCCAGCUGCCGCUCGACGAGGUGUCUACGAGAUCGACCAAGGGGUUAGAUGACUUGACGACGGAAGUACGAGGGCGCUGCUACGGCUUCGAUCGCCAUUGCCAACCUCGCGGGUGCACGCUGAUAUAGCCCAAUGCCGCUAUACACUGGAGUCGUCGGGGCGCUUGGGUGGUUGGAGUCGCGGGACGACGACGACACGAGGUGGACGGCACACAGCAGCUUCAACACGUCGAGAGAUGGGGUCUUCCAGCACGCCACCAACCGGACCGCCACCCAGCAGAUGUUCUUAAACGAGUUGAAAUUCUCCGCUGCUAGAUCGAUCAGGACCUCAACCAUCGUCCUAGCCUCCUUCAACAUCAUAGCCGCCUUCGCCACUGCUCUGGGGAUAUUAUGUGAUUCCUACUUCAGGAGGAGGAGGAACGACGAGAAUUUCAGGUUCUGGCGCAGUGGCUUCAGCUUCGUCCCCGAAUCCGAGCUCUACCCGCUCGUCCUCUCCGUCUGCAUCUUUAUCCAGAGCUUCAUCUUUGCUGGCGCGCAGUCCACCGGUCUGGACAGCCUCUUCGGUCUGGGCUGUACAUGGCUGGCCCAAGUCAUGCUGCCUGCUGUGUUUCUCGUCCCUUACGCCCAGCUGGUUUUCGGAGCCGAGAUCGCAUUAAGGGCGCUUCGGAAGCACCCUUUCGCACCGAGGGGCAAAUACAAUGUAUCAGUGUGCUUGUCCCUCAUUGGCAUGCUGACUCUCGCCAACUUCCUCAUAGCGGACUUCGACCAGUCCCCCAACUUCUGCCUGACGUCCCUCUUUUGGUUUGUCGUCCACUACUCUGUCGUCUGCUUCGGCCUGCUUGUCGCUAUCGUGACUAUCAUCUUGAUCUGCGUUGUGGUGGUAUUCGUCCGACUGCACCGCAGCAUCAAGGUCGAGGUGACCGCCCGGGUUGCCGCGUCCAGAAUGGUGUACUAUCUGGCACUGGCAGCCAUCUCUAACGGCUUCUUAAUCCCAUUCUUCUUUGUUCAGGGGUUCAUGGACCGGCGAGGUCAGAUGUCGAAUGCUCUUACGCUGGGCAUGGUUGCCUCGGUCGUGGCAAACGUGUCUGGGUUGAUGACUGGCGGCCUUUAUCUGUUUCUCAAAUCGAGCACUCUUUCGACCAUUGGUCCAAGAGACAAGGCUGGAGAGUACGAGAACAGGAGGGCGAGGUACAAAUCCACGCGAAACGAGUCGAACGAUGAUGAUGACGAUAAUGCCUUUGGUAGCCAUAUGACGAACCCGGUGACGGGUCCACGAAGGGUGCGCACUGUGGACAGCGAGGCGAUCAUGACCAACACCGAGAAAGAGGACCAGACAGUGGGCAUCAAGAGUGUGAUGUGGGCCUCCAACGGCAGCGGCCUACGAAGUCGAGAUUCACUCCGCCCAACCAAACUUGUUUCGGCCAUGGCAUCGGCCCUGAUGCCCAAGGCGCCGGAGCCUGCACGUGCCCCGGCGAGACCUCCGGCGAGCCAUAUGCGCAAACGUUCGUAUUCCUUGUUCCCGAGGAGCACUCUUGCCUCGAAGACAUCGGUGGUGCUCCUCCCGGCCACUACAUAUUCGCCUGCCGACGCCCUCAAGCCGCCUCCCUCGAUGGCCAACCUCGCAACCAUGCGGCACAGGAGAGACUCAUCCCUCGUGUCUUCGGCGACUGUCCAGAUCGGUAUCCGCCUUUCCUCGGUCGACGACAUCCCUCCGGCAGUGCAGCACAAACCAGCGAGCAGCGAAAGAGCAGUCCACACCCUCGGUUGCCCUAACAUGCUGAAGCAAACAGACAUGCAGAGCCCAAAGCGGGCCGGCGCAUUGGGCGCCAUGUCCGCCGCCCCUAUACCACCUCUACAGGUGGCCGACGAAAGCCCCAAGCGAGACCCAGUCAAGGAAACAAGCGUGAAGGCCAUUCCGCCCCUCCCAAGGAUCGACAGCAAUGUCCCCAAGGCCGAACAAGCGGAAGAGGAGGUAACCCUGAGUCCGAGCGUCUACAGCCCCGACACCCCAACGAAAGCCAAGUUGCCCAGUCCGAAGGGCGUUGGCUCCGUCACACCGGCACCAAUACUAGCCAGCGCCGCUCCUUCUCCCAGGAGUCCACCAAGAAGCCCACCAAGAAGUCCACCACGACGUCGGGCCACAGGGGACACGGCACUUCUCGGCACAGACGCCAAGGGCGCUUGGAUUUAGGUCAGACUGCUUCCAGGUUCAACCGGGUAGCAACCCACUCAACAGUGCGGCUUCUCCAGUGGAG